CAGGUAGUGAGAUGCGGGUUUACAGAGCUUUUUGGCUAAGAAAAACUGCCUGCAGCCAACGAAAACGACGCCAUAAGCGCGAGUGAACCAAAACAGUUAAAGUUAUGAAAUCAGUGAGAUCCAUAAAGCUUAGCUGCACUCAGUGCUGUGCGGGGCUUCUUUCACACAGUCACGCUCUCAUUAGAUACAUUACCACUGUAAAUAUAUCAUACUAAUUAAAUGUGUGUUUUCUGAAUGGCGUCCGUCACUUUCACGGUAGUACAAAGCAGCAGACUGGUCCUUUAAGGGCAGAUAUUUACAAAAAAAGAAAAAAGCCCACUUCCGGUGGAUAAAGACAAAAACAGAUAGAGAAGCAGCCCGGUGGUGAGAAGAGGACAGCCCGUCGUUGAGGUGAGUGGAUCUGUUUCAGAAAGGUGGCCAGUUAUCGUUAACCCAGCCGAAGAGUGAAGGCACCCACACACAGACGGACAGACAGACAGACAGACAGACAGUGACACCGAGCCAUGGUGAAGAUCAGUUUUCAGUCUGUCGCGGGACAGAAAGUGGAGAAGGAGAAUGAUGGCGACAAGACCGAAAUUCUCAUCCCUCAUCCGAUGGAUGAGGAGGAGCUGGUCCUGCCGCUGCGGCCCAAAAAGUCUCCCCUCAAUGGCCUGUGCUGCCUGACAUUUGGCCUGGUUGUGUUCAUGGCCGGUCUGGUCCUGGCCUCCAUUUAUGUCUACCGCUACUACUUUAUACCUCAUAUCCCAGAGGAGAACCUUUUCCACUGCAGGGUGCUUUAUGAAGACUCUGUGUAUGCCCCGCUGCGUGGGCGUCAGGAGCUGGAGGAAAAUGUCGGUAUCUACUUGGCUGACAACUAUGAGAAGAUCACUGUGCCCGUGCCUCACUUUGGAGGCAGCGACCCUGCUGAUAUAAUCCAUGACUUCCACAGAGGACUGACUGCCUACCAUGACAUUGCUCUGGACAAAUGCUACGUCAUUGAGCUCAACACCACUAUUGUGAUGCCGCCACGCAACCUUUGGGAGCUUCUUAUUAAUGUGAAGAAGGGAACAUACUUGCCUCAGACCUACAUCAUCCAUGAAGAGAUGGUGGUGACUGGAAAAGUGCACAACAUGCGUCAGCUGGGACCCUUCAUCUACCGCCUGUGCAAUGGAAAGGACACGUACCGUCUGAAUCGCCGUGUCACCCACAGACGCAUCAACAAACGCGAGGCGAAGGACUGCCACCACAUCCGUCACUUUGAGAAUACAUUCGUAGUGGAGACGGUUAUCUGCGAUGAAGCGUAAACACGAUGUUCAUCCUUGUCAUCCCACCCACCCACCCAAAGGCACAUCUCCAGUCGCCACCCCAGCCACUGUAGCAUCCUCCUGUGGAUCUGAUCAUGUCUGAGUUCCACUUUACUUGUGAUUUUGGUUUAAAAUCUUCUGUGAAAGGCUUUUUUUUUUUUUUAUUUAAUUUCAUUUUGUUUCCAAUUUGUGAUGCAAUACUAAGCUGCUGGCUCAAUCACAGGAUUUUCCUUGUAGCAAAGUACUUUAGUCAAUAAUGAAUCAUAAUUAAGGCCUCUCCUCUCCUCUUCCACUGGGGAUUCAUAUGAUGGUUACUGUUGUUGGGGGAGUUGACUGUCUCCAUGUGUUGUCAAGGUAACUUUUUCUUUUUUUUUUUCCUCCUGUCCUGGAGGUUACUUUGUGUCCCUUAGUUCUUCUAACAAUCAUCUGUGUAAAACAUGAAAGCCUUGCUUUCCUCAGCAAGUUUCACUUAUUAUCUUGUUUUGUCAUGUCCUCUGUAACGUAAACAUGUAUCUGCUGCUUGCAUCUUUAACUUCUUGCCUGUGUAUUGCUUCCUUGCUCCUGUUUCUGCUUUUUCAUUUCCUUCUCAAAAGUGUUGUCUUAUAGUAGGAGUUAGAGAAGGUUGCAUUGGGCAUUAGACUGCAUUCACUUUUUUGUAUUAUAUUCCAUCAUAACUGAAUCCAGUGGCCGUAUUUAUUUGUAUUUGUCUUCGGCUAUUAUUGUCAUAGAUUUUUUUUGCACACUCUUCAUUAAUGCCUUUGUGAAUCCUUUUGAGUUAAUGUCUUUGUUUCUCUUUGCAUGUGUUAUCAAUAAGAAAAGAACAACACUGUUAGAAUGUUUUGUAAAACAACGUUUAAAGCCUUAGUCCAGGGUCAGAAACUGGACUAAAGUCAGUGCUGCUGAAAGGUAGCAUAUUAUAUGGUAUGUUAGUUAAACAAAUCCAACCUUGAUCUGUAUAUUUUGUCUGCCAAUGAAAUUUGUCUGUGAAUAAAGUAGUGAAAACGACUAUA